AUGGCAGCACAAGACUUCAACGGUACCCACGUCACUCGCACUCGAGGUAGUGGCAGUGAAGUCCAUACACUGCCCGAUGAAUCUACCGCCAGAGCGGUCAAUGACAGGAUCUGGUCAUUCACUGAAAAUGAUGGUGUCACUACUUACCGUGAGGUGAUCAACACGCUGCCAGACUACAUCACCGAUCCAGCGGGGUCGGCACCAGCCACCCAGAUGUUCUGGAAUUAUGAACCGGGAUCAGGGGUUUACUUCGGUUCUCCGUGCACUGACUUGGAUCAACUCCAAUCGACCCUCGUCGGUAGUAGUAAUCCUAAUUAG